AAUUUAUCAGUGAAGAUAAAACCUGAACUCUGACACGCACGCACACACACUCACUCACUCACACACACACACUCUCACUCACUCACUCACUCACUCUCUCUCUCUCACUCUCUCACUCACAAUUUAAACAGAUCUAACGUUUAUAAAAUAACAGAUUGAGGAAAGCUAACGGCGCUAACGGGAGCUCGCGGAUUCACCUGAGGUUUAACUGAAAACUGCCGCGAGUUUGACUGAAAAAGGCGAGAAAAAAGUACAAUGUCGGGAGUGUUCCCAAUGUAGCCUUCUCAUCACCGUGCUCCAGGUGUUCCCAAUGUAGCCUUCUCAUCACCGUGCUCCAGGUGUUCCCAAUGUAGCCUUCUCAUCACCGUGCUCCAGGUGUUCCCAAUGUAGCCUUCUCAUCACCGUGCUCCAGAUGUUCCCAGUGUAGCCUUCUGUAGCCUUCUCAUCACCAACUGUAUCUUUUCAGUAUUCCACGAUCAUGAUGGUGAAACAGUGGGAUCGUGGAAUAUGUGCUGGUUGUCCUUCAGGUCAAAGGUUGUGCUUUUUUACUAACGCUAACCCAUCAGCCUUGAGCACAGAGCACUCUGCUCUUCUGGAAAUCAUUUAGUGCACAAGAACGGUUACACAUAAACCACACACACAUACACACACACUCUCACUCUCACACACACACACACACACACACACACACACUCUCACUCUCACACACACACACACUCUCACACACACACACACACACACACACACACACUCUCACUCUCACACUCACACACACACACACACUCUCACACUCACACACACACACACACACACACUCUCACUCUCACACACACACACUCUCACUCUCACACACACACACACACUCACAGUUGUACACAUUCCAACACAGCUUCACAUAUCCUGACCCAGAUCAAACACCAUAUGUAAAAAUUAAGACUGUGUGUGUGUGCUGGUCAUUAACCGACAUUAUGGCUGCCAGACACAAACUGCUGAAGUUUAUCGAAGUAUAUUUUCCAUAAGUGUUUGAGUUUGCUGCAUUCAGAAAGCCUCUGUCUGUCUCUCAGAUCUGUGUGAAAGACAGAAGUCUGUGUCUCUCUCCCCACCACUGGUCUCUCUGCACACGACCAUGGACGGAAAAUACAAAGAUAUUACAGAGGAGCUGUUGGCCCGCUCUCUGGUGGAUGGGGAAGUUCGGAGUGCUCCAUAUGAGUUUCCAGAGGACACACCCAUUGAGCAGCUAGAGGAGAAACGACACCGACUGGAGAGACAGAUCAGCCAAGACAUCAGGCUUGAGCCAGAGAUUCUGCUGAGAGCCAAACAGGACUUCCUGAAAACUGACAGCUCUGCUGACCUGCAGAGUCUGAGAGAGAAGGAUGAGGUGAUGGUGGAUCAUCAUGAGCUUCAGGAGAAAGAGACAUUGAUAGAGAGACAGUUUCAGCGCGUCACCAUCUCCGGAGAGGAGAAGUGUGGGGUGCCAUUUUCUGACUUGGCUGACUCAGCGGUGUGUAUCAUUAAGGCGUUGUUUAUUAGACAGAAGUACAUGUGUGUGUCAAUGCAGGACUUCUGCAGCACCACCUCCCGCCUGCUGCAGCAGCUCUCUCACACACACACACAGCACUGUAGCUUCAACAAGGACAUGCCUGAGAGUGGAGAUGCCCUGAUGCCCCCCCCGGUGUCAGAGAGACAUCCAUAUGAGGGGCAGGAGUUUACCAUUCUGCCCCCUGACCUCGGCUACAGCUGCAGCAUUGAACAUGGCAUUGUGCACGUCUACACAUCCCCCACACACAGUACAGAGUUGGACCUUCCGUAUCCGGACCUGCAGGAGUUUAUCACUGAUAUGAACUUUAUGAUGGCACUUAUCAUCAAUGGCCCAGUAAAGUCUUUUUGUUACCGGCGGCUGCAGUACCUCAGCUCUAAGUUCCAGAUGCACAUCCUGCUUAACGAGAUGAAGGAACUUGCUGCUCAGAAACAGGUUCCUCAUCGAGACUUCUACAACAUUCGCAAGGUAGACACACACAUCCAUGCCUCAUCCUGUAUGAAUCAGAAACACCUGCUGCGCUUUAUAAAGCGAGCCAUGAAAAAGUACCCAGAUGAGGUGGUGCACAUGGAGGGUGGGCGUGGCCAAACACUGACUGAGGUCUUCCACAACAUGAACCUGACGGCCUACGACCUGAGCGUGGACACACUUGACAUGCAUGCGGACCGGAAUACCUUUCAUCGAUUUGAUAAGUUUAACGCAAAGUACAACCCAAUCGGAGAGUCAAUACUGCGAGAGAUCUUCAUCAAAACUGAUAACCACAUCCAGGGCAAAUACUUUGCCCACAUCAUCAAGGAAGUGAUGUCAGACCUAGAGGAGAGUAAGUACCAGAAUGCCGAGCUGCGUCUGUCUGUUUACGGACGAUCGAGAGACGAGUGGGACAAACUGGCUGAAUGGGCCGUCACACACUCCGUCUACUCACACAAUGUCCGCUGGCUCAUCCAGAUCCCACGCCUGUAUGAUGUGUACCGCAGUAAGAGACAGUUGAUGAAUUUCCAGCAGAUGUUGGAGAACAUCUUCCUGCCACUGUUUGAGGUGACAAUCAGCCCAAACACACACCCAAAGCUGCACCUGUUCCUGCAGCAUGUGGUGGGCUUUGACAGUGUUGAUGAUGAGUCGAAACCAGAGCACCAUGUGUUCAGUUUGUACAGCCCUCGACCUGAUAACUGGACUGAGGAAGAGAACCCUCCAUACUCCUAUUACCUUUACUACACCUAUGCUAACAUGACCGUGCUGAACCACCUGCGCAGGAGGCGGGGCUUCAACACUUUUGUGCUGCGACCUCACUGUGGAGAGGCAGGGCCUGUUCACCACCUGGUGUCUGGAUUCAUGCUGUCGGCCAACAUCUCACACGGCCUGAUGCUCAGGAAGGUCCCUGUGCUGCAGUACCUUUAUUACCUGGCGCAGGUGGGCAUUGCCAUGUCACCCCUCAGCAACAACAGUCUGUUUCUCAGUUACCAUAGAAACCCGUUAUACGAGUACCUGUCACGUGGCCUCAUGGUCUCUCUCUCCACCGAUGAUCCGCUGCAGUUCCACUUCACCAAGGAGCCCCUGAUGGAGGAGUACAGUAUUGCCGCUCAAGUAUGGAAGCUCAGCUCGUGUGACAUGUGUGAAUUAGCAAGAAACAGUGUGCUCAUGAGUGGCUUCUCACACAAGGUGAAGAUAUCAUGGUUGGGGGCAGGGUACAUGCGCGAGGGUCCGGAUGGUAAUGAUAUCCGCCGCUCCAACGUUCCCGACAUUCGCCUCGCCUUCCGACACGAGACUCUGUGUGAUGAGCUGCAGCUUAUUACCCAGGCUGCACACAUACAGGGUGCGGGGCCAGAAGAGGAGACUCCACCCUCCAUGGGGCCAUGAAGAAAUUAAAAUUAGAUUAUUCAUCCUCGUUUCCUUUCCUCUCUUUUAUGUACUUUGGUUCUCUCAAGGUUCUGGGCUGUGGAUCAGAAGGUGAUGUUUGAGGAACCAGCUGUCACUGUUAGGCCUUCACCAACCCCUUAACCCUCCAGUGCUCCUAAAGGCGCUGACCUCUGACACCAAGUGCUUUCCAUUACACACAUACAGCAAAUACAUUCUAUAUAUGUUUAUAUUACAGCAAAGUAUACACUCAGCCCCCCCCCCUCCUUCUCCUCUCUCUACUCCUCUCGCUCUCCUUCUCUCUUCUUCUCUCUCUCUUCUCCUCCUCUCUCUCUCCUCCUCUCUCUUCUCCUCUCUCUCUCUCCUUCUCUCUCUUCUCCUCUCUCUCUCCUUCUCUCUCAUGUCCCCUCCCUUCUCUCUCUACUCCUCUCUCUCUUCUCUCUCUACUCCUCUCUCUCUCAUUCUCUCUCUUCUCCUCUCUCUCUCUUUCUCUCUCUCUAUCUCUCUUCUCUCUCUGUGUCUGUAGUGGUUUUGUGUUUCUUCAAUAUACAGAAAUUAUGUUUAGACAGUAGUGAUAUGUAAUUUUAAUCAUAUAAAGUAUAAAAGUCACAGUUUACACGUAUACAGUGGAAUAUAUAGUAAGACCUAUGUUGUAUUUUAGGUGUUUGGUGGUGUUUGUAUAAGAGCAGUAUUAGGAGCAGGGAGGAGCUCAGGUUAUUUGUGAAGUUUAAGAAACGUGUCCUGGGUGAAGCUCCUGAUGAAGCUGGGUGAGAAGAUGCAGAUGCUUUUCAAUUAAAACAUCAAAGCAUUUGAGCAUGUUAAACAUGUUUAUCAGUCACAACAUUCCAUGUGUGUAAUUUUAUAGUGAAAAUUAUUCAUUAUUAUUCUAAAAUUAUACGAACGAAGAAAACUCUUGUUAGCAGACUGGUAGUGUGUGUGUGUGUGUGUGUGUGUGUGUGUGUGUGAGAAAUAAACACCGGUCCUGUUGCUAAUCGUUAGCGAACACAAACACCAACACUUUUACUGUGUUCAUUAUAAUAAUUUUAUUUAUUUACAUUAUGAUAACUGUGUAUAUUCUUUUGUUUACAUAAUUACAUUUUUAAUAAAAUCUUUACAUUUCCAAAGGUUGA